AUGAAUAAUGGAUGUGAAGCUCAAAGUAAUAAUAUAGAAAAAAAUGAAGAAUACAAUAAUACUUAUAAGGACAAGGAAGUAAUGGAGCAAAUAAAAUUUUGGACAGGAAACAAUAAAGAAUCUAAUAAUCAAACAAAAAGUUUAAAUCCCUUAAAAGUAGGAUUCCCUGAGAUAGCAAAAGAAAUAGAAAUUCAUGCACAAGAACAGACAAAGUUAACUAGUUUGGGACCAACUCUUACAAAGUGGUUACGAGAAGCUUUAUUAUCAUCCACUCCAGAGAAGCCAUGUGAAUAUCUUGAAUUCUAUACAAUGAUCAAAUAUGAUCCAAAACACUCUCUCCCGAGGCACAAUUCUGAGAGAAAAUUCCUUGUUGAAAGGGUGGCAACACUAUUCAAACUUGUUGAAUAUGUUUUUAGAAAUGUUACAACACAUUGGAUAGAAAAAGCAAUCAUGUCAACAAAGGCAAUGGAUUUUAUAGAUGAUCCAACUGGUGAGCUGACAUCCCAGUAG